AUGAAAACCAAAAGCACGACUGGCCUGAUCAAUAGGCGCACUAAAAAAGCCGUCGCGCCUCAGUCCGUUGUGAAAGACGAAAACAAUAGCGACAUUGUCGCGCAGAAUGAGGAAGAUGAUUCGAGCACUUACAAGCCGCGACCACAACUGCCGCACCCGAACGUUCACAUGCGAAACAUGGCGAGUCUGAUAAAGGAGCUCGAAGAUGGCACCAUCGAUGUUGACCCGGAAUAUCAGCGGGAGGUUGUUUGGACAGCGGAUCGCAUGACUGGCUUGAUAAACUCGUUGAUGGAAAACUACUACAUCCCUCCGAUCAUUCUGAACAAAAAGACGGAUCGUAUCUCAAGCACUGGACAAACACAUGCCACCUUUGUGUGUGUCGAUGGGAAGCAGCGUCUGUCUUCUGUGAGAGCUUUUGCGAAAGGAAUGAUUCCUUGCCAUGACCACCAGGGAGAGAAAUGGUGGUUUUGCGAGGCUCCAGGCACUAAGCGCAAACGCUUACUCCCGCUAAAGACCCAGAAAUUCUUUCUAGAGAAAGACUUUGUUACCUUCCAGUUCGCAGAGUUGACCCAGGAGCAAGAGGAGGACUUGUUUGCCAGAGUUCAGAUGGGUGUCCAGCUUAGUGCAGCCGAGAAGAUACGAGCAAAAUCGGGACCAUGGCAGGAACUAGCAAAGCUCUUCGUACAAGAUUUCCCCGUCAUCUACGAGUUGAUGAAAGACCGAAGUCGCGCAAAGGAUUUCCAAAUCACCAUGGCCUGUUUUAGUCAGAUUAUUGAAGUCAGGAGUUCACGUGCAACAAAUGGAAGCGGAAUUCCAGUCUUCGAGGCAGCCUACAACGCAGUCCCUAAACUGCUAGAUAAUUCGUCAUCAGUCACUGAUGCUACAAAAUCUCAUCUUGCAGCCGUCUGGAAAACCUUUAGCGAGCUUGUAGAGCUGGAUCCCGAUAUCUUCACUAACGCGAAUAAAUAUCUGCGCGGUGUUCAAACUUUUGCACUUAUAGAGAUGGUUGGUGUUACUGUCCUGAUUUCUAUGUACUUAGAAGUGGGUCACGAAGUUCUUUUAAGAGAUAUCAGGAUACUCCGCGAAACGCUUCGCGAGUCCUUCUCAGAUCUUCGCCUUAAUCGUCAGGUCUGGAAAUCCAUAUGGGAGAUCAUUGACGGCUUGCAAGCGAUUCGCGGUGGUGUGGAAGACGACAUUACAGAAAAACCGACCCCGUCUACAGUGUUGGGCUCGGCAUCAAAUAUUCAGUCUUCCAUCUCAGCGAAAGUAUUACUAGACGGUUUCAAGAAGAGGGCUGCGCCUGAGACCCUCUCGAACGCUACAUCGUCACCACAAAAUUCGGCUAUUGAAGCCGAAUCUUCAAACAUGCCGCCAAUGAAACGACGUCGCAAGGGCUCGAAGCCAGCAGAUGCGAUCGUUUCGAACAAUCUUCCAAGUAACAAUGUCAUGCCGCAAACAAUGGAGAGUUUUCCACCUUACCCAUCCCAAAUGGCUCCAGCGCGUUCCGAAGAUCACGGUGCUUUUACACCUAGUCAUACAAAGAAAGAGAUAAAGGGCGUCAUUGUGCCUGUGUCUCCACAGUUGCCUGUUAUAGCUGGCCUUGAUGCACCAGCGUUAUCACGACAAGUAGCUCCUUCAUCACUGGACUCAUCUGCUCCCCGGGUACGUGCAAAACCCAACACCAAAAGACGCAUGCCUGUUUCUCGCCCGACGAAAGAACAAAUGAGUGAAACGAUUGACCUCACUGGUGAUACCUAA